AUGCCAAGGUACACAGUACAUGUCCGAGGGGAAUGGCUGGCAGUGCCUUGCCAAACUGGCACGAACACAGUGAGAUGGCUGGGGAAGGAAGCUGUGAGACGUUACAUGAAAAACAAGCCUGAUAAUGGGGGCUUUGCCUCAGUGGAAGAAGUGAAAUUCUGUGUUCGGAGGUGCAAAGGCCUUGGCUUGCUGGAUCAUGAUGAUACUUUGGAGGACACACUAGAGGACAAUGAGUUUGUUGAAGUUGCUAUAGAAGGAGAUGUAAUGUCUUCGGAUUUCAUUGCAUCUAAGCUAGAAGGAGUUGAUUUAUAUAGCAAAUAUCAAGAACCAGAAAAGUAUAUUUAUUUAGAUGGGAACAGUUUAACACCAGAGGACCUGGUCAAUUUAGGAAAGGGGCUCUAUAAGAUCAAGCUCACACCUGAAGCUGAAGCUAAAGUCAGACAAUCAAGAGAAGUGAUUGAAAGAAUUGUAAAAGAACAGACUGUUGUUUAUGGAAUCACCACUGGCUUUGGGAAGUUUGCUCGAACGGUUAUUCCAACUAGUAAACUCAAGGAACUUCAAGUGAAUUUAGUUCGGUCACAUUCCGCAGGUGUCGGGAAGCCUUUGAUCCCAGCGAGAUCUCGCAUGCUUUUAGCUCUCAGGAUCAAUGUUUUAGCAAAAGGAUACAGUGGAAUUUCACUGGAAACUCUCCAGCAAGUUAUUGAAGCAUUUAAUGCAUCCUGCCUGCCCUAUAUCCCCGAGAAAGGGACCGUUGGAGCCAGUGGGGACUUAGCCCCUCUUUCUCAUCUUGCUUUGGGGUUCAUAGGAGAAGGAAAGAUGUGGUCCCCAAAGAGUGGCUGGGCUGAUGCUAAAUAUGUGCUGCAAGCCCAUGGCCUGAAACCGAUAACCUUGAAACCAAAGGAGGGUCUGGCUCUUAUCAAUGGAACCCAAAUGAUCUCCUCUCUGGGAUGUGAAGCCGUGGAACGAGCCAGCGCUAUUGCUAGGCAAGCGGACAUAGUUGCGGCACUAACACUUGAAGUCCUGAAGGGUACAACUAGAGCCUUUGACACUGAUAUUCAUGCAGUGCGUGCCCAUCGGGGGCAGAUUGAAGUGGCAUUCCGAUUUAGGUCACUUUUAGACUCUGACCAUCAUCCAUCAGAAAUAGCAGAGAGUCACAGAUUUUGUGACCGAGUUCAGGAUGCAUAUACGCUGCGCUGUUGCCCUCAGGUCCACGGUGUGGCGAAUGACACGAUAGCUUUUGUAAAGGACAUAAUCACGACUGAAAUUAACAGUGCAACAGACAAUCCUAUGGUUUUUGCUGAAAGGGGAGAGACCAUUUCUGGAGGAAAUUUUCAUGGUGAAUAUCCUGCAAAGGCUCUGGACUACCUGGCAAUUGGUGUCCAUGAACUUGCUGCAAUUAGUGAAAGAAGGAUUGAAAGACUAUGCAACCCAUCUCUCAGUGAGCUGCCUGCAUUUCUAGUCACCGAAGGGGGUCUGAAUUCUGGUUUCAUGAUUGCUCACUGCACAGCAGCGGCCCUAGUUUCUGAGAAUAAAGCCUUGUGCCACCCCUCUUCUGUGGAUUCUCUCUCAACCAGUGCUGCUACAGAGGACCAUGUGUCCAUGGGCGGAUGGGCUGCACGAAAAGCAUUGAAAGUUAUUGAACAUGUUGAACAAGUGUUGGCCAUUGAACUUCUUGCAGCCUGCCAGGGCAUUGAGUUCCUACGCCCCCUGAGAACAACCACCCCAUUGGAGAAAGUCUAUGACCUUGUGCGCUCUGUUGUAAGGCCUUGGCUAAAGGAUCGCUUCAUGGCCCCAGACAUUGAGGCAGCUCACAGGCUGCUUGUGGAGCAGAAGGUUUGGGAAGUAGCUGUACCUUACAUUGAAAAAUACAGACGGGAGCAUAUUCCUGAAUCAAGACCUGUUUCACCCACAGCCUUUUCUCUGGAUUCAUUGAGAAUGAAUAAAUGUGUUGGGACUGAUCACAGUGAUCAGGAUUAA